AUGGCGGAGGAACAGGAACUUCUCCGACUUGAAGAAUUGUGUAAACAGCUCUAUGAGACAGCCGAUAGCAAUGUUCGCUCUGAAGCAGAAAAGGCAUUGGUUGCCUUUGCUAUGUCACCGGAUUGCUUGAAUAAGUGUCAAUUACUUCUUGAAAGAGGCAGUUCACCAUAUGCACAACUUUUGGCAGCCACAACACUGACAAAACUAGUCAGUAGACCAAAUGUGACUUUACCCUUAGAACAGAGAAUUGACAUAAGAAAUUAUAUUUUGAACUAUUUAGCCAACCGUCCUAAGCUUCUUCAUUAUGUUUCACAAGCUUUAGUUCAGCUUUUUGUCAGAAUAACAAAGUAUGGCUGGUUUGAUGUGAAUAAGGAUGAAUACGUGUUUCGUAAUGUAGUUAGUGAUGUUGGUAAAUUUAUUCAGAGUGGUUCAACACAACAUGUGAUGAUAGGUGUUCAGAUCUUAUCUCAGUUAGUCAGUGAAGUUAAUCAAGCUGAAGCAUCUCGUUCUUUAACUAAAUACAGAAAGAUUGCUUUAUCAUUUGUUGAUACCCAGUUAUAUGAAAUAUUUCAACUAGCAUGUACAUUAUUAAGAACUGCUGUAGGAAACCUAAAGAAUCUAGACUUAUCAGAUGUUAAUCAGCAUGGUUUAUUAUCACAUACACUACAGUUGACUCUAAAUACACUAACAUUUGACUUCAGUGGUAAUUGUACAGAUGAAUCAUCAGAUGAUUUAUCUAACGCUCAGAUUCCUACAACCUGGAGAACAGCUUUCUUAGACUUCACUACUGUUCAACUCUUCUUUGAUUUAUUUAAUGGGUUACCAUCAACAUUAUCACCUAUGGCAUUAUCAUGUUUAGUACAAAUGGCGUCUACUAGAAGAUCAUUAUUUAACAGUGCUGAGCGAGUUAAAUUCCUCAAUUAUUUAGUAUCUGGUGUACGUGGUAUACUAGAAAACCCACAGGGUCUAUCAGAUCCAGCUAACUACCAUGAGUUCUGUCGUCUGUUAGCUAGAUUAAAAUCUAAUUAUCAGCUCUUAGAAUUAGUUAAAGUAGAUAACUAUCCUGAAUUUAUUAAAUUAAUUGCAGAAUUUACAGUAACAAGUUUACAGAUGUGGCAGUUUGCACCGAAUAGUGUUCAUUAUUUAUUAAGUUUAUGGCAUAGAAUGGUUCAAUCUAUACCAUAUCUUAAAGCAUCAAUACCCCAUUCAUUAGAAACCUACGCACCAGAAGUCACUAAAGCUUAUAUAACAUCUAGAGUUUCAUCUGUACAUGUUGUAAUUAGAGAAGGAUUAGAAGACCCCUUAGAUGAUCAUGGUAUGAUUUCACAACAGUUAGAACAGUUACUGACUAUCGGAAGAUGUGAAUAUGAUAAAACCUGUGCUUUAUUAGUAUCAUUAUUUGACGAAUCAGCUAGAACCUAUCAGGAACUUAUUUCAUCUGGUGGACAGUCAGUAGAUAUAGCUAUACAGGAAGGACGUUUAACCUGGCUUGUAUAUAUAAUUGGUGCUGUGAUAGGGGGUAGGGUAGCGUUCGCUAGUACUGAUGAACAUGAUGCUAUGGAUGGGGAAUUAGUUUGUAGAGUUCUACAGUUAAUGAAUUUAACAGAUUCUAGACUAGCUCAAGGUGGUAGUGAGAAAUUAGAUAUAGCUAUAUUAAGUUUUCUAGAUCAACUACGGAAAAUAUAUUUAGGUGAUCAAGUACAGAAAACAUCCAAGGUUUAUAGAAGAUUAUCAGAAGUUUUAGGUUUAAAUGAUGAAUCUAUGGUUCUAAGUGUAUGUAUAGGAAAAAUAAUCACCAAUUUAAAAUGUUGGAGUAGAUCAGAACAAAUCACAUCUAAAACAUUACAGUUAUUAAAUGAUUUAUCUACUGGAUAUAGCAGUGUAAGAAAACUAGUCAAAUUAGAAGCAGUACAGUUUAUGUUAAAUAAUCAUACUAGUGAUCACUUUCCAUUCCUUGAUAUUAACAGUAGUAAUUCUCGUAUAGCUGAUAUGAGAUGUCGCACCACAUUUUAUACAGCUAUAGCUAGAUUAUUAUUAGUUGAUUUAGGGGAAGAUGAAGAGAAAUUCUACCAAUUUAUGUCACCAUUAACAGCUGCUUUUGAAACAGUGGGUAAUUUAUUAUCAAAUGGUAAUCCAAGCAGUGUUGAUGAUGCCAAAAGAACAUUAAUUGGUUUAGCUAGAGAUUUACGAGGUAUAGCCAAUCCUAUCAACACCAAAAUCAGCUUUAUGAUGUUAUUUGAAUGGAUUUAUCCAAACUAUAUAGCAAUAUUACAAAGAGCUAUAGAAUUAUGGUAUCAUGAUCCUACAGUAACAACACCCGUCCUCAAGUUAAUGAAUGAAUUAGCACAAAACAGAUCACAGAGGUUACAGUUUGAUGUAUCCUCACCUAAUGGUGUUCUGUUAUUUCGUGAAGUUAGUAAAAUGAUAGUAGCUUAUGGCAUCUCUAUGUGUUUUUCAAUGUUAAAACAUGCUUUAUGUGGUAAUUAUUUAAAUUUUGGUGUGUUUCGUCUCUAUGGUGAUGAUGCUUUAGAUAAUUCAUUAAAUAUGUUUGUUAAAUUAUUGUUAUCUAUAUCACAGAAUGAUUUACUGGAUUAUCCCAAACUUAGCCAGAAUUAUUAUAGUUUAAUUGAAAGAUUAGCUCAGGAUCAUAUGUCAUUUAUUAGUAAUUUAGAGCCUCAAGUAUUCCUCUAUAUAUUAUCUACUAUAUCAGAGGGACUAACAGCACUAGAUACUGUCAUUUGUACUGGUUGUUGUGCAACAUUAGAUUAUAUUAUAACCUAUUUAUUCCGUCGAUUAACAACAAAGAAGAAAAAAUCAAAUAGUUCAGGUAUCAAUGAUAGUGAUGCAUUCCUCAGAAUAUUAGAAUUAAAUCCUGAUAUAUUACAGCAGAUGUUAACAACAGUUUUAAAUAUUAUAAUGUUUGAAGAUUGUAGAAAUCAGUGGUCUAUGUCUAGACCAUUACUAGGUCUCAUAUUAUUAAAUGAAGAGCAUUUUAACAAAGUUCGGAGUAAUAUUAUCUCGAGUCAGCCAGCAGAAAAACAUCAAACAAUGGCUCAAUGUUUUGAGAAUCUCAUGGAUGGUAUAGAAAGAUCCUUACUGACUAAAAAUAGAGAUAGAUUUACUCAAAACCUGUCAGUUUUUAGAAGAGAUGUAAAUGAUUCAUUAAAAGCCCAAAAUCAUAGUCCUUCAACCUCUUCCAAUUCUCUAGAUAUGAUGACUUAUGGAUAG